GAAUUGACUGAAAUGUUGUAGGCUGCUCGUUAUCUUGCGUAGAUGACAUAAGUACAGAUGAUCCGAGAUAUCUUGGGGGUUAGAUAAGUGCAACCGUCGUCAGUUAGAGUAAAGCAUCUUAUCUUAUAUAAUACUUAUCAUCUAUUCGGACAAAUGUCUUAUAGUUGACAAAUUUUAUCCCUCGUGAGCAAAACACACAGAUUUUAGAGGUUACGUUAUUCUGAAAAUCUUUUUGAUAUUCGUUUUGUUAUAAUGGUUAUUAUUGAUGUCAUAAGUUAAAAACUAUAUGUUAAUUCUAGUUGAAUAUUAGCUUUAAGAAAACAUGUACAGUACUGGGAUUAUAAAUGCUUUUUCCAGGUUGGCGGUGAACAAUGUUUUUGUUCCAACUCGAAAUAUUUCUUCAAGUGCACCUCUAGGUUUAAACGUCACGAACGUUCUAUUUGCAGAACCAUUGAAGAAGAAGAAAAAAAUGGAUCCAGCAAUCAUCAGGGCAAAAGAAGAGCGUAGGAAAAGAAAAUUGGAAAAAUUCAUUAGAAAGUUGCAAAAACACGCUCAACAACUAAAGCCCAUCUUUGAAAUGGAGGUUCCUAUGUCACUGAAACAGGAAUUGGGAAUAAGAAAAAGAGAUUUACCAGCUUUGACAACAGAAACAUUAGAGGAAAGGGCAGCAUUAUUCAAAGAAUGGAAUAAGUACAAAACAAAGCAACAUUACCAAACUCUGCGACUCAUAGAUAGGUACAUGUUUGCUCAGGACAAGGCAAUUUCAGAACUGAAGGAAGUGUCGGAAGAACUCUACGAAGCAGCGAUUCAGAUUGAUCCUGAUCUGCUGCCAUAUUCUAGAAAAGGCCCUCUUAACACAGCACCCAUAGAAGACUUUGAAGCUCCAGAUGGCGAUUACCAAGAUGUAACCAAAAAGUACGAGGGAGAAACAUGAUAGAAAAAUUUGAAUAAUGAAAAUAGAAACAAUUUGCAUACAAAUAGAGGGUUCAUGAAUUAUUGAGUUUUGCUAUAAAAAAAAUGUUCAAGUUUGCAUAAAUUUCCAGAAAAGCAACUCACCCUUUUCUAGCGACGUUUUAUUUUUUAUGGGUAAAAAGAAAACUAUUAUCCUUGUAUAUACAAACAUUUCGUUAUAAUACAUAUAUUAAAUAUUAUUAUAAAGAAA